AUGUCGCAGGACCCUCUGCGCGCAGGCCCAUUGUCCGACGACUCCCAGGAUGCUCGCAGUGGGACCGACGACUAUGGACCUGGCAGUCGCCAUUCCUCACGCCGCCCGCCUUUGCGCGCUCGUCCGCAGUCCUGGCACCCAUAUGGGCCAGUUGAGCCACCACUCGACUCGGCCCGGUCCAUUGGCGUUCAUUCCAUCUUGAACCAUCCAGCGCAGGCAGCUGACGUGAAGGGAGUUCGUGAGCCAUUGAAUUUACCAGGGCCCUCGUCCCCUCGACCACGCCAAGGGUCUUCGCCUGCUCCUCGAAGUUUGCAUGGAUUACAGCCAUUGUCCCCCAGGUCUCAUUCGCGGCCGUUAAUGAACCCUACUUCGCCGUCUGCACGGUUCGUCAGCGGUAGUGGCAGAGCAUCUGGGCAAUCUAGUGUCUCGCACUCACCAUUGGUGACACAAGAACCCCCUCUGGGUGCUCGUCAGCCGCCCUCCAGCUCACCUCUACCACUCGAAUCAACACUUCGACCCAUCGGCUCGCUCCCAGUCACCCAACCCACAACUUCAGCAGGACUUCAUUCAACCACUAGCAUUCAUUCUCGACGAGCUAGCUCUGGACCUGGCCUCUUGAGCACCCCAAACUCCCAAGAGACGAGCCCUGUUCCACCUCAUUCUACAUUUGGUCCGUAUGGCGCUUCACCGGCCCUUUCAAACGCAUCCAUGCCAUCCAGCGUACAACCAUACUCGGCACCAGCGCCUUACACGACCACAGCAACGGCCGGGCCGCGCGUGAAGGAAGAACCAACGAGUCAAAGCACAAGUCUAUCUUCGUCAUUGAUCCCGUGUGUGUUAGAUCUCAAGUCAGGCUCCUCCACACAAGCAGAGAAGCGCAAAGCGAACAGCGAUGCUUCGCGACGUUUUCGAAAUCGCAAGCGCAACGAGAUGCAGCUCGAGCAACGCCUAACUUCACAGCAAGACGAGAUUCAGCGACACACAGACGCCCUCCGUCGCCAAGCUGACGAAAUCCGCGCUUUGGUUCAACAACGAGACCACUACCGAUCUGAAAGAGACUUUUUCCGCGACCACGUCGGCCGCUCAAUGUCUCUCAACAACUUGCCUCCACGUCCCUCUUCGCCGGGCCUGCACAUUGACGCCGGGGCCUGGUCCGCCGAUGCAUCUCGUACUGCCCCCACAGUCCCCGUGCAGCCCGCGCAGGCGCCAAGGAUGCUUGAUACAGGUCGACCGCAGGCUUGUUGGCCCGGUAGCCCGGCUUCGUAUUCCCCUGCCCCGCCUGCAGGUAGGAAUCUUGUGCCAUCGGGUCCACCGCCUGUCUCUGGAACGCCUCUACCUCCAUUUCAAGCCUGGUCUCGGCCUUAA